AGAACAUGGUAUAUAUAUAGGGGAACUAAUAAGACUAAAUGACACACAGCUGGGAACAAUGAGAACUAAUAAGUGCAAGGGGUGAUGGGAACACAAACAACAGUCCAGAAGAGUGGCAAGAGCACUUCAGCAGAUGGCUGUGACAUGACCCCCGCUUUAAGGGGCGGAUUCCAGACGCUCCAAAUAAAGUCAAAGAAAUCCAGGAGGGAGGCAGAACGGAGGUGGAUCAGGGGGAGGGAUGGCGGGCCAGGCCCGUGUAGUGGCAGAGGGCCUGGACACAGAGGUAGAACAGGAGGCCAGGGCGGAGCAGGGAGCUUGCCAGGCAGCAAGGGUGGAGCUGGAGUAGAUUCUGUGAACUCCUGGACUGGAGCGGGCUCUGGAGUGGAUUCUGUGAACUCCUGGACUGGAGCGGGUUCUGGAGUGGAUUCUGUGAACUCCUGGACUGGAGCGGGCUCUGGAGUGGACUGUGAGACCACCGGAAUUGGACCCUCCAGGACCACCAGACACGAGGUUCAUUCAGGCAACCAUUAA